UUCUGAGUUUUCGGGAUUUUUAGCGCAGGAGAAAAAGCUGUUGGUCGGAGAUGCUGGGGGGUUUUUAGAGAGAAAACGUUUGAAAUUAUCACUGUUUGUUUUCGUGUUUAUGUUUAGUAAAAUGUAGAUGAGUUGUUCUUAUCUUUUAACAAAAUUCGAACAUGUAUAUUUUUAAACCGAAUAAAAUCGCAUAAAAAGUUAAGGCCUUUUUAAAAAUAAUCGAAGAGGACUUGAAUUUGUCUGCUUCGAUUUUAUUUGUGGAAUGAAUGAUGCUGCUAUCAGGGAGCCAGAUGUUGAGCUCGGUGACGGACUCGCCCCCCCAAGCUACCGUGUCCCCCGCGGUGGAGUUGGGGUUAACGGUGCUAUACAUCACUCUUUACUCGCUCCUCUUCGUGUUUGUUUACUUGCAGCUGUGGCUCAUUUUGCACUAUGGACAUAAACGCUUCAGCUACCAGAGCGUGUUUCUCUUCUUGUGCUUGCUGUGGUCAGCGCUCCGGACGACCCUCUUCUCAUUUUACUUCAGAAACGUUCUUCAAGCGAACCAUUUGCAACCGCUGCCCUACUGGCUUCUCUACUGCUUCCCAGUCUGUCUACAGUUCUUCACGCUCUGCCUGCUCAACCUGUACUUCGCACAGGUUAUGUUUAAAGCCAAAGCUAAGUAUUCACCAGAGCUCAAUAAAUACAGAAUUCCACUUCGACUUGCCUUCUUCUUUACAAGCCUCUUGUUUUUGGUGGUGAAUUUCACAUGUGCCAUAUUGGUGCAGGGUAGCCUGUCCGAAGGUGACCUGAAGCGCACAGUUCUAGUACGUGUGCUCAUCAAUGACACUCUGUUUGUGCUUUGCGCCAUAUCACUGGCUGUCUGCAUUUUUAAGAUUGCCAAGAUGUCUUCUGCCAAUGUGUACCUGGAAUCCAAGGGAACCUCUGUGUGUCAAGCUACCACAAUUGGUGCAGCAGUAAUCUUUCUAUACACUUCCCGAGCCUGCUAUAACCUUGUGGUGGUAGCGUUGUCUCCAGAAGAGCAACCAACUUCAUUCAACUAUAGCUGGUACAAUGUGUCUGAUCAGGCAGAUGUGGAAAAAAUCCAAGGAGAAGCAUAUGUUGUCUUUGGGAUCAUUCUGUUUUUCUGGGAGCUCCUACCAACAAGUCUUGUGGUUGUCUUUUUCAGGGUACAGAGGCCCAAUCAGAAUCUGGCUCCAGGGGGUAUGAUUAAUAGCCACAGCUUCAGCUCCCGGGCAUAUUACUUCGAUAAUCCACGACGCUACGACAGCGACGACGAUUUGUCUCGAAGUAUCAGUUCCAGGGGAGACCGAGGAAGCAUCCUUUCCUCUACCCCUCAAACUGGCACCAGCUGGUACGGCACUAUCCAGAGAAAUGGCAGCUUUACUGUGAUCCCACAGUUGCUAAGUGGUCCUUCAGCAGCAACUGCCCCUUUGCUUUUGGCUUAUGGCAACAUCCAAACAAAUCCGCACCACAACUACUACUCCACGCCCCAGAAUUACCAUGUGACCCCUCAGAAUUAGCUCUUUCUGCCCAGCGCGUUAUUUUGUACCAUUCCACAUGACCAACUGCUUUACUCCGGGGCUGUGAAAUAUUCUGCAGUCAGCAGAUCAUUCAGCUCGUGGAUUGCUGUACUUUACGGUAGAGCUGGUUACUCUACUCAAUGGAGUGCUACUAUGGACUUGGCGUGGUGUGCGUCAGGUACUCUUCAGCCGUACGUAGAUGGUAACUUCAGAAGUGGUGUGGCUCAUUCGACCCCCCGUAUUCCUAACUUGGCCCCCCACGCAUGCAGUAGAAACACCUUGACUUGGUUCUUAAGACUCAGGAAUGAUUUACUGCUCCGUAGGUCAUGUAACUUCCAUUUCAACAGCUUUUUACUUUCAUUUUUUUUGGUUCUAACCAAACAUAUACUCCUAUGGACUUUCUCGAUAUUAAUUUUUUAUUCUUCUGAACUUGCUCCUGUUUUGCUACUGUAACUUACCCACAACGUACCCCUUCACCGGCAUACUUUGUUUUCUCUUCAGAUUUAUUUUGUCCUAUUUUUGCUUUACUUGGUAAACCUGCUUGAGUUGACCUACGUCAAGAACAUUUUAUUUUUCCUGCAGCAGUGUUUCCAGUAGGCUAGUCUUUUGCACUUGGUGAAAGUAGCGUGAUGCCUUUUUUUUUUUUUAGAAUGUGCUGAUGGGUAGCUGGUACAAAAGCUACUUACACCUUGCCUCCCCCAAAGACGCAAACUGUGUGGAAGAGCAGUUAAUGGGCUUCAUAUAACAACGCGUAUGACUUUCCGAUCUCUUCACAUCCCACAGGAUUGCGUCACCACACUGCUUGUUGUUCACUCCGAAGUGUCGAAUGAUGUGCUGAAGCCAGGGUGGUCUGCUUAAAUGAAUGAAGACGGCUUGGGCUAAUGUCUGCUAUCUUUAAGAGAGAAUUAAGGUCCAGUCAUUUGAUCAAAAUCGAUUCAGGCUCAGGCUUUUAAUUAUUUUGACCAAAGAUUGAUUACUUUCUUAAGAUUCCUUUACGCAUGUGCCUCUACUGUUAGGUAGUGUGUGGUCUGUGGAGAGACCUGACAGUCCAAGUCUUCAUUCUUCCCUGUGGUCCACUAACCCUUCUUUCUGAAAAGACGAGUUAGAAGUGUGCUUUGGGUAUUGAAAGUCAAGCCUGACAUCUGAGAGUGAGUUCGCUCUGCACUUAAUGUCGCAGGAGUGUUUAUGUACAGGAUCUAGAAUCUUAAUGUGUUGCUGUCUUGUAACUUUGCUGCCACGUUUUAGGAUUUCUCAAGUAAUGCAAAUGGUACUAGUACUUUAAAGCAGCAGUAAGGACUUAGAAGUCCUCCUUCACUUUGUUCUUGAAAUUUAAUUGGAAGGAUGGCCAGCGUUGACCAUAAUGGAUCAUUUGACAAGUGCAGGAAACUUGAAAGUUUACAGUUUUGGAUGACAUGGAGAAGGCCUCUGUAACUUUCUCCUCUCCUUUCUCCUUUUAUCGUAAAGAUUUGGUUUUCUUGGUUCUGAAGUGAAAUCCUUCUUUGUGAGGACAGUUCCAGUUUCAGUGGCCCCUACAUCUCCCUUGCUGUUCUGAACAAGGAACUUUUGACAUUCAAAAGUGUGUCGGCCGAAUGUAAAAACACUAGAAAGUUUCAUUAAUCUUAAAUACAAACGAUAUUUUUCCAUCUUUUUAUAGAAAUGGUGGCACUUUUGUACGUUUUCAUUGCUUGCUGACAAUGACUUUAGGCCACUUUUGGACUGAGAUGUUACCUGCUGAAUGGUUUAUUGAUGAAAUGUUUGUUUGCCUCGAGCAGCGGCUAUCUUUAAAUAUUGUAGACACACACAGCAAACUGUCAAUAAUGGGGCUUUCAAGGUUUCAUUUUAUUACUUAAGUGCAUGUUGUGGAAUCGGUUAUUGCCGACGUGUGCUUGAGCCUUUUAUCACUCCAGCUUCUCCGUGUUGGAUCAAAAAGUGGCUCUUUUCUUCAACGUGUCAGGAAGCUAAGUAAACUAAUUGUGUGUGAUCGGGUCUCUCUGAGUGUUUGACGACCCUGAAGCGCUCCAUUAUACCAGUUCAGCCUUUUCUUAAGCUUUUAUUGCACAUUCUCUUGAUAAAUGGGGGCUUCAUGCUUGUGUUAGGUUAGACCCGUCGUCGUUCUUUUUUUGCAUUCCACUGCAGUUUGAUAUUCCUCGUUUGGGUUGUCUUUCCCAGCAUAGGAUCUCUAAAGCGAUGUAGCUUCCCUGUUAGUAUCAUACUUUCCCCAGAUGUAGUAGAUUUGUAUUAAUUUUUAGGCUAAAAACACAUUUUCCUUAUGUUUUAUUAAGGAGCAGAUUGUCUAGGUCAGUGCAUAACUAGAUCAACUCUAUUCUUUUAGGCCUGUGAAAUUCUGCCAGCGACUGCAUGUUGCCUAAAUGAUGAAGACCGUGGUGUGUUGUCAUCAGGGUUUUAAUAUCAAAAUGGAGAAGAACAUUCCAUUGCACUGUAGCUAGAAGGACGAGGCCACGCUCAAUGAACUGCUUAAGGGGUUCCUUUUACUCUUUGGGAGCGGGUCUUUUUUUUUUUUUUUGUCUUUCUUUUACGUACAAUUUGAACGGGACUAAUUUUAUUUUCUGGAUGUCCUUGCUUUAUUUUUUUUUUUUUUUAAUUUUUGUAUUCUGUUUCAUGUAGCAUCUUCCACCAGUUUCAAUGAUAAGCUAGAAUGACCCAUGUGGUCCACUUUUACAGGGCCCAGUCUGCCUAAAGCUUUGCUGCUUGUGUACUUGCUAAGCAAGGUCCUUUAUUGGUAGUGUAAUGAUUUGGGACAUAGUGUUGUUUUUUUUUUUGGUGGUCUCUUCUUAAUUACUAGCUCGGUGGUCCACUUUUUUUUUUUUUUUGUUUGUAUUGGGGUGUAAAUGUCUUGGUUUUCAGGAUCAGCUCUCCAUAUUCCUGUUACAAGCUAAUCACUGCUGCCCUCUUGUGGUCAGAGCUUGGACUGAAGAAAGUCAUUCUAAUGUAAAAUCCUGGAUUUUUAUUUAUUAAUUCCAAUUACCAAGCAAUAGACUUGUGUAGCAAUGGUGUGGCCUGUGCUAGAGGGUGCGACUGGUAGACACCUCAGCCUUGGUAGUUGAAGCCAUGCCAUUCUGCCCCUUCAUGCAAUUCAUUUUCCUGCUCCGCGCACAUCUUUCAUAAAAGUCGUGAGUUCUUGUUAUGCAUUCGUCGCAGGCUGUGUUUGAUGAACGUGUGUAUAAAGCGUCCAUUACUGCAAGGCACUGGACUGAGUGGGUUUGGAAAGCCGUUGAGCUGCAACAACAGGCGUUAUUUUGGUGUUGUCGCCUUGGCCUUUGAGUGAAGCGCCUGCAGAUUUUUGUUGUUUACAGUCCGUUCACAGCAGCCAUUUACUGUUGGGCAGAACCCUGCAAUAAAAGCGUUUUGCCAUUGUGUUCACCUUCAAAGCCAAUCCAAAUAUGUCCUCUCUUUCUGUGUCUUUAGGUUGCUGUGCACUUUUUCUUUUCUUGCUGUAUGGACCAAAAUCGUUUUCAACCUGGUAAUACUGAAACUUUUGCAUCAAAUGCCAUAUCUCUUGAUCAAAAAAAUAGCAGUGUUGCAAAAAAAAAAUUUAAAUGUGACAAAAGUGUCUUUAUAAAAUUCUCCUUUUUCUUUUUUUUUUUUUUCUUUCUAAAUUAAGGAGAUCAUAAAGCAACAUGUGAUCCAAGCAAAUAAGUUACUAGUUUAACUCGUUUCUGAAUAGAGUCUGCUGCCACAUUCUUAACUACAGCAAUGAUUUAAUGGUGCCAAAACUGGAAGACGUAACAAACUGUAACGUUUAUCAGAUGCGCUGCCUACUGUGCUAGUGUUACAGUUUGAGAUGAAGCACUUUAACUUUAUAUUGUAAUGCAGGACCCAAAACAAACUCUUACUGUCGGGGGUCCUUGAAAGAACGUGACCGAUGUGGCAGCUGACGACUAUGUCCAUUUACGUGGCACCAGCAUCCAUCGUGGGCUUCACGCGUGUCUCCGAAACACUUGGUAUAAAGGGGAAGGUGAGACUUGUACUUGUGUGUUUUCUGUUCAAUGUGAAUGUACCCUUUUUGGUUUUAAUUGUGUUUGAUUUUACAUUCCGUUUAUGUACUCUGUUGUGGGAGGUGUGGUAUUAGGGGUUGGCAAAUGAAUGUAUUAGGGUUUAGCCUGAUCCCAUUGCCUGUAAGCCUGUAUAAAACACUACCAUGUUUAAAUAAAAGUCUUAUUGCACUGUUUUUAAA